CUGAAAGACAGUAGUUAAAGUGCAACUUUGCUUGCUGUUUGCCGAGCCGCUAAGGACGACAUCUUAAGAUCUCGUCUUAGCCUCCUUCAGGCGUCGCAGGCCCACAUAAAUCCUGUGAAGCAAGCUUGUGCGGAGAUAAGACCCAUCGCGGCAUCCCUCCCCAUUUUUUAUUGUUUAAACAACCCGAGUCCCCAAGCUGUUGCCAUCUUCUCCCACUGUCGUCUUUUUUCCCUUACACGUUCCUUAAUACUAGUACCCUCGACGACGCGCCGCAGUACGGAAGCCCAUUCCCCUGCAACCAUCUUUCCGUAAUAGCGGCAAGGUGCACCCUGCGUCAGCACCAUGGAGAACUCCAAUGUACCACUGAACCACUCCACUGCCCGGGAAGAGACCGAGGGCAAGACGUACAAGGCCAUUGACCCAGAUCGCCACCACAUCCAGGACGACAAUGAAAGUUCAGUCUACGACGACACCGCUCGCAAUUCCGAGUGCGUAAACGAGAAGGGCGGCGAAGAGGUCAAGGGCGGGAUCGCCGUGCAGCGUGCCGAGGCCGAUUUCGCCCAAUUGUCCAAGGAGCUUUCGCGAACGAGCGAGAUCUCACGCCGCAUGAGCCGUAUUCAGAGUCACCGCAGUCAUAAGCACCAGACUACCACGGACAUCGAAAAGGGUGUCGAUGGUUCAAGCGUCUCCUCUGAAGAACCAUUUGAUCUCGAGAAGACACUGCGCGGCAACCGCGAUGAGGAAGAAGCUGCAGGAAUCAAAUCCAAGCGCAUUGGCGUUGUGUGGGAUGGUCUGAGUGUCAGCGGUAUUGGUGGUGUGAAGAACUAUGUCAAGACUUUCCCUGAUGCACUUGUUUCCUUCUUCAAUGUUUUCGAGAUUACACAGAGCCUCUUGGGCAUUGGCAAGAAGGGCAAGGAGUUCGACAUCCUGAAGGAUUUCAAGGGCGUAUUGAAGCCAGGCGAGAUGUGUUUGGUCCUUGGGCGGCCGGGAAGCGGAUGCACUACCUUCCUCAAGGUUAUCAGCAACCAGCGCUUCGGUUACACCAACGUCGAUGGCAAGGUCCUCUACGGUCCUUUUGAGUCCGAUUUCUUCGAGAAACGGUUCCGUGGUGAAGCUGUCUACUGCGAGGAAGAUGAGAAUCACCACCCCACCCUAACAGUUGGCCAGACACUGGAUUUCGCUCUCGAGACGAAGGUACCUGGAAAGCGCCCCGCUGGUUUGUCGCGACAAGCCUUCAAGGAUAAAGUCAUCGACAUGAUGCUUAAGAUGUUCAACAUCGAGCACACCAGGAACACCAUUGUUGGUAACCCAUUCGUCCGCGGUGUAUCUGGCGGAGAGCGCAAGCGCGUCUCGAUUGCGGAAACUAUGGUCACUGGUGCCUCGCUCAUGUCAUGGGACAAUUCUACCCGUGGUCUUGAUGCCUCCACGGCUGUCGACUACGCACGCUCCUUACGCACACUCACCAACAUCUACAAGACUACGACAUUCGUUUCGCUUUACCAGGCCUCUGAGAAUAUCUACAAGUGCUUCGACAAGGUCUUGGUUAUCGACAGUGGGAGGCAGGUUUACUUUGGACCCGCAGACGAGGCUCGAGCCUACUUUGAAGGACUUGGCUUCCUCGAGAAGCCUCGCCAAACCACUCCUGAUUACCUAACAGGCUGUACGGAUAAGAACGAGCGUGCAUACAAGCCCGGCCGUGACGAGACUAACACUCCUUCGACUCCCGAGCAACUUGCUGAAGCUUUCAACAAAUCUGAGACUGCCUCACGACUGGCAACUGAGAUGACCCAGUACCACGCCGCCAUGGAUAUCGAAAAGCACGUCUAUGAUGAUUUCCAGAUUGCGGUCAAGGAGGGCAAGCGUCAUGCUGGGAAGAAAUCUGUUUACUCCAUCCCUUUUCACCUCCAGGUCUGGGCCCUGGCCAAGCGCCAGUUCUUGCUCAAGUGGCAGGACAAGUUUGCCCUCAUCGUCUCUUGGUUCACAUCUCUGGUCAUUGCCAUCAUCAUCGGUACUGUCUGGCUUGAUAUCCCGAAAACCUCCGCUGGUGCCUUCACCCGUGGUGGAGUUCUGUUCAUCGCUCUUCUGUUCAACGCCUUCCAAGCCUUCUCCGAGCUUGCUAGUACUAUGUUGGGUCGUCCGAUCGUCAACAAACACCGUGCAUUUACGUUUCAUCGGCCUUCGGCGUUAUGGAUCGCGCAAAUAGGUGUCGAUCUUGUCUUUGCCGCUACUCAGAUUCUGAUAUUCUCCAUCAUUGUCUACUUCAUGACGAAUCUUGCCAGGGACGCUGGAGCCUUCUUUACCUUCUUCCUGAUGAUUGUUACUGGAUACCUUGCCAUGACGCUUUUUUUCAGAACUGUUGGUUGCCUCUGUCCAGACUUCGACGUCGCUAUCCGUCUCGCUGCAACAAUCAUUACCUUGUUUGUACUGACCUCUGGAUAUCUGAUUCAGUGGCAGUCUGAACAGGUCUGGCUGCGAUGGAUCUUCUACGUCAAUGCACUUGGUCUCGGAUUCGCUGCGCUGAUGCUCAACGAAUUCUCCAGGGUCGACCUGACCUGCACAGAUAAUUCACUCGUCCCUUCCGGCCCAGGCUACAAUGACAUCAACUCACAAGUCUGCACGCUUCCUGGUUCAGUUGCUGGUUCGAUCGUCGUUCGCGGUCGUGACUAUGUCUUACAGUCGUUCUCCUGGCACGUUGGUGACCUAUGGAUGUACUGGGGGAUUUGCGUUGCCUUGAUCAUCGGCUUCCUCCUCGCUAAUGCCUUCCUUGGAGAGUUCGUAAAGUGGGGUGCUGGCGGUCGCACCGUCACAUUCUUCGUCAAGGAGGACAAGGAAUUGGAAGAGCUUAACCGGAAGCUUCGUGAGAAGAAGGAAAGGCGCGAUCGUAACGAGGCAACUGCCGAGGACAGCUCUGAGCUGAAUAUCACAUCUAAGGCAAUCCUCACUUGGGAGGACCUUACAUACGAUGUCCCGGUCCCUUCUGGAGAACUCCGACUGCUUAAGAACAUCUAUGGAUACGUGCGUCCUGGCCAGCUCACUGCACUCAUGGGUGCUUCCGGUGCUGGAAAGACUACAUUGCUUGACGUCUUAGCCAACAGGAAGAACAUCGGUGUCAUUGGCGGCGAUAGGCUCGUUGACGGAAUCGCUCCCGGUGCGUCAUUCCAGCGGGGAACCGCCUAUGCCGAACAACUCGACGUUCAUGAGCCUGCCGCCACCGUGCGAGAGGCUCUUCGAUUCUCCGCCGAUCUUCGCCAGCCAUACGAGACACCCCAGGCCGAGAAGUACGCCUACGUGGAGGAAGUUAUCGCCCUUUUGGAAAUGGAGGAUAUGGCUGACGCCAUCAUUGGUGACCCUGAAUCUGGCCUUGCUGUCGAGCAGCGUAAGCGUGUGACAAUUGGUGUCGAGCUUGCCGCCAAACCUGAAUUGCUCCUCUUCUUGGACGAGCCUACCUCUGGUCUUGACUCCCAGAGCGCGUUCAACAUUGUUCGUUUCCUCCGCAAGCUGGCAGCCGCCGGUCAGGCUAUCCUCUGUACCAUUCACCAGCCGAACUCCGCCCUCUUCGAGAACUUCGACCGUCUGCUCCUUCUCCAGCGCGGUGGACAGUGUGUCUACUUUGGUGACAUUGGCAAGGAUGCCCACGUUCUCCUCGACUAUUUCCACCGCCACGGUGCCGACUGCCCGCCAGCUGCUAAUCCUGCCGAGUGGAUGCUUGAUGCUGUUGGUGCCGGUUCCGCUCCCCGCAUUGGCGACAAGGACUGGGCCGACGUCUGGAGGGACUCGGGGGAGUUUGCGCAGACCAAGCGUGAUAUCGUUGCUAUGAAGGAACAGCGCCUUGCCGAUGUUGGUAACGCUGAGCCCGUAGAGCAGAAGGAGUACGCCACCCCGCUUAUGUUCCAGAUCAAGCUUGUCAACAAGCGCAUGAACCUCUCCUUCUGGCGCACACCCAACUACGGCUUUACUCGUCUCUUCAACCACGUCAUCAUCGCUCUCCUCACUGGUCUGAUGUACCUUCAGCUCGACGACUCCCGCGCUUCGCUCCAGUACCGCGUUUUUAUCAUCUUCCAGGUCACCGUCCUGCCCGCCCUCAUUCUCGCUCAGGUCGAACCUAAGUACGCCGUCGCUCGUAUGAUCUCCUUCCGCGAGCAGAUGUCCAAGGCCUACAAGACCUUCCCCUUCGCUCUCUCCAUUGUAAUUGCCGAGAUGCCCUACAGCAUUCUUUGCGCCGUCGCCUUCUUCCUCCCUCUCUACUACAUCCCCGGUCUCAAUUCUGAUUCGUCUCGCGCUGGCUACCAGUUCCUCAUUAUCCUCAUCACCGAGAUCUUCUCCGUCACUCUUGCCCAGGCCAUUGCAGCGCUCACUCCCUCGCCCUUCAUCGCCGCCUACGUCAACCCCUUCAUCAUCAUCAUCUUCGCGCUGUUCUGCGGUGUCACCAUCCCCAAGCCGCAAAUCCCCAAGUUCUGGCGCGUCUGGCUGUACGAACUCAACCCCUUUACACGCCUCAUCGGCGGCAUGGUCGUCACCGAGCUCCACAACCGGCCGGUCAAGUGCACGACCAGCGAAUUCAACCAGUUCCAUGCCCCCGAGGGACAGAACUGUGGAGACUAUAUGCGCCCCUUCUUUGCCAACGGUGCGCCGGGGUACCUCCUUGAUGAUGCUGCCGACCUCUGCAACUACUGCGCGUACAAGGUCGGUGAUGAGUUUUACCAGCCGCUUGGCUACUCAUUUGAUAACAGGUGGAGGGAUCUUGGGAUCUUCAUUGCGUUCAUUGUCAGCAACCUGGCCAUCUUGUUCGUGGCUGCGCGCUACUUGAACUUCAACCGUCGCUGAUCUCGAGCUCUGGCUUGUUGGCGUCGUUGGCAGUUCCAUGUCAUCGAAAAGCUUUUUGUGCAUUUAGCAGCACCUAGAUCUCUGAGAUCUGCAUUGGGCGGCGUUCAUCAUCCUUCUUUAGCGAAGGCAUCCUAAAUAAUAAUAGCAUGUAGUACACUUAGAAUAAUUCAAAUCUAAGUUACGAACCUUG